AUGUUUUUUCUUUAUAAUUUGGAACGCAAGGUCACCUUGCACCCUUCUUUCAUGGGGCGCAACAUGCACGACCUCGUGACCGCGAAGCUCUUGAAGGAUGUUGAAGGCACAUGCGCUGGCAGCUACUUCAUCAUUUCCAUCAUGGACGCUUUCGAAAUAUCUGAAGGACGAAUCCUCCCCGGUCUUGGUAUGGCUGAAUUCACUGUCGGAUAUCGUGCCGUAGUAUGGCGGCCAUUCAAAGGCGAGACGCUGAUUCCUAGUGAUGUGAAAUAUGACCCCAAUGCGACGCCACCUCAGUUCACAAACAACGAGGAUACCUCUAUUGAGCCCCAAACCCACGUUCGCGUCAAAAUCAUAGGAACUCGAACAGAGGUUGGAGAAAUGUGGGCUAUCGGUAGCAUCAAGGAGGAUUACUUGGGGUAUGCUGACGGCUGGACAAUAUAUUUGCCUUUCUUUGCUAACGGUGAUCUCAGAUGCCUCCAAGCUUCUUAA